CAAAUUCAGUCCGGUUUUGAAAUUGUCGCUGAGCGCAACGUUUGAAGACAAACUAAUAGCCGCGUGUGUGUGUGUAUGUAAAAAGUUUCUUCCACCAAACGUCAAGUUCCUAAGGCUUUGACUAAGUAGCUCUGAAUGCUCCCAGCAGCAGUCCAGUGUAAGCGUGUAUUUUAUGGGAAAAACUACUAGUUAGCUUUUGAUGCGCUAAAACGGUGCUGAUAACUCUUGUUAAGCCGUCGGGUUUUCGUCGUUUGCGAAUUUUCGUGUCCGCUGUGUAAAAGAUUUUUGAUAAAAAUUAAGUGCAAAAAUAAAUUACAGAAAAUAUAAAAUUUACUGGUUGCUGUGAAAGCUUAAUAGAACAACUAAAUUUUACUAAGUGUGAAUAUUCAGACAAAAAAGUAACUAUAAGCAACAACAAGCAAACACACAGUGACAUAUCUGAAACAGAUUUGGCAGAGUAAAAAUUGAAGGAUGUGUUGUUGUGAAACAUCCGCUGUCGAUAAACGGAAUUGAUGUGGAAGAUUUAAUAUGGUUUAAAACAUCGUUAAAAACCAGAACAAGACCAAAAACCGACAAAGCUCUCUCUCACUAACUACUUACACUUUGAAACGUGAAAUACGAAUCUACCUUUCCUUAAUAAAACAACAACAAAAACAAAAAGCACUUAUCAGAACUCCUAUUUAGAGUCUAAUAACAAAAAAAAAAAAAAAAAAUCAAAGAGCAACACACAACAAAAUGGUGUUGGUAUUGAACGGUGUCUUACAGGACGAUUGUCCAAUGGACACAAACAGUCUCUUCUUACAGCAUCCCGUUUACAGAGAUUAUGCCCAACAACUACUCUCCAUACCAAGAAAGUCGGUGGGCCCAGUGGGUCUGCUCUAUGUUGGCCAACGUGAAAUGGCCGCUGCUGCGCCGCACGACAAGAACAUCAACAUUAUUGGCGCCGACGAUGCCACAACGUGCAUUAUUGUUGUGGUCAGGCAUUCAGGUUCAGGCGCUGUGGCUUUGGCGCACUUCGAUGGCAACGGUAUAGACGAGGCUGUCUGCACAAUGGUUGCACGCGUCCAAGAGUUGGCCAUAGGUUAUCCAGAGGGACGUAUUGAGUUGCAAUUAAUUGGUGGCUACCGAGAUCCACAAGGAUACGGCGAGGAGGUUUUCUACAGCAUAAUGCAAUCAUUCCAUAAACAUCAUCUCGAAAUCGAUUUGACUCAAGCCUGCGUCGGUGAGCUAAACACCAUACUGCGUGGCGAUAUCAACUACCCAAUCAUAUAUGGUGUUGGUGUUAACAUAAAAACCGGUGAAAUAUUCCCAGCAACUUUUCUAGAUCGAGGACCGGACAGACAAUUGCGUGAUGCUCGCAAUUUCAUGGGCGCACAAUCGGUCUUGGACAUUUACGACUCCUCAUUGGGCAUGUUGCGUAUCGGGCCCUUCAAUUAUGAUCCAUUGCGCGGUGUUGAUUUGUGGCUAUCGCAGACAGAUGAAUUCCUCUUGCAACACCUCUCAACGAGUCCGGACGUGGAGCCGCCACACUUCACAAUGCAGAUACGCGCAACAAUAAAAUUCAUACAGGAUAAUCAAUUCCCGGCAAUCACCGUGUUUCGGGACAAUCGGCCUCGCUACUAUCAGCGCGACGAGUCUACGGGCUGCUGGACUUUGGUUAGAUAUAAUUACGAAUAUAAAUAAACACACAAACAUACAUAGAAACAAUACGUGCUCGCAUAUUUGCAUAGUUUGCGCUUGAAGCGAAAAUUCACUUAAGUGUUAUUAAACUGCGUUUUUACUUUGUUGUUUUAAUUGUUCGCUAGCUGCUGCGUUCACUUUGUUGCUACUGUGUACUUUUGUACUCGUAUGUAAAUUAUAUUUUUUGUAUUUUUGCCUUUAUUAUGAAUAAUUUAUGUUUUAUUUUUAACUGCUCGAGUUUUUUCUCUUUUUUGUUCUGCUUCACUUUUGUAUUUCAAUGUUUUCAAUCACGUUACUUCAGUGUAGGCACUAAUUGCAUUUUGUUUUUGUUUUUAAAUUUUUUUUUUGUUUUUGCUUACUAUUACUUUUAAGCUUUCUUUGUUAAAUGUAAAAUGUGUUGUAUUAUGUUAUCUUAUUUCGCAACUUUGGGGGCAGUUUUGCAAUUGAAAAUUUUUCUAUUUGCCGCGAAAGCAGCAGAAGACGCAUACAUACAUACGUAUAUGUAUGUAAAUGUGUAUGUGAAGUUAAGAGCUUAGCAUAUUUAUACGAUUUUAGAACAUAUGCAUAUAGUAGCUAAACGUAAUAUUAAAAAGUAGAAACUUUUGUGAGUCUAAAUUUCGAAUUAUAUUGAAGGCGUAACUGUAUAUAGAUAUUUAAGCUAGAACAUUAGUAUGAAUUUGAUAUUGAUUCUCUUUUUUAACACUUAAGUGCUGUAGUCUAUAUAAACUAUGUUAUUGUAACCGAUUGCUGAGUCUAUAAGACUUUAUAUAUAUAUUCGUUUUUGUUUUGUGUGAGAAUAAAGUAAUAGAAAAUAAUAAAUUUUUAAUUGAAAUUCAAGUUCAAGAGUAGUAUAAAAAAUUAAAAUCACAUGAAUAAUAAAAUAAAAUAAAGUAUGAUAUGCUAAAAAUAAUUGAAGAAAUACUAAUAGUAGAUUAAUUAAAUAUUAUAGUAAAGCACGUAAAUAAUUAAAAAUAAUACUUAAAAAUUAUAAUGAAUAGCAUAAAUUUACAAUAAAAAGUAAUAAAAAUAUAAUUUAACUGAAUAAAUAAAAAUUAUGUAGAAUAUUUAAAAAAUAUAUAGCAAAAUAAUAGUUAUAAAAAUUUUAAAUCUAUUACUAUAAUUAAUAAAUAUAAAAAUAAUAAUUUCAAAUACUAAAAAAUAUUAAGUAAAUAUUUAAAAUUGAAAAAUAAACUUUAAGUAAAAAUAUGUAGAAAAUAAAAUAUAAAAUUAUAUAAAUAAUAAUUAUUUUAAAAUAAAUAUGACCAUGACAUAAAAAAAGUUGAACGCGAUCUAACGUGCAUAAUAUAAUAUGUUAAUUUAAAACCGUAUUUCAUGUGUUAAAGUUCGCUUUAACACAAAAUAGGCUGUCCUAAUGUGAUUAUAACCAAUUUUCGCCACCAAAAUUUUGUAUACUCGUAAACAUUGUUGUAUUCCUUUCAACGCUUCCUAAUAAUUUUCCUUAAUUUAAAUAAGUUUUUGAAGUUAGAUAAUACUUUGAAAUAAUAUAAGUAUGAGCACUUUUUUCCUAAGUACAGCCGUUACUUAGAUAUAAUGAUUCAAAAAGUUAUAAAAAACGCGCCAAGUACACUACUUCAUAGGAGACGUAUAUAUUUUCAUAUAUACCUACAAUUACAUUCCACAUUUCCAAAAUAAUUUAAAUUUUUAUUUAAAAAAUUGAUUGGGUUAACAUUAAUUAAGGAAAAAAUUCUCAGAAACGCUGACCUUUUUACCAUGUUAUUUUUAAUUAUGUUUUAAACAAAUUUAAGAACUUUCAGCUUGUUUUAAGUUUAUGUAACUUCCUCUUAUUUUCGAUUUAAUUUGACCAGACUAAAAUUAAACAUAUUUUCUUAUACAAUUACAUUUCGCAUUUACAAAAUAAACAAAAUUUUUAUUUAAAAAAUUAAUUUAAUUAAAAUUAAUUAAAGAAAAAAAUUAUAUUAAUAUGUAUAUACAUAUAACAAAAUUAAAAUAAAAAACAUCUUGGUGAUAUGCAGAUUCGCUUGAGAGCAUUAAAAAUAUAUUAGAUAAUUACUAAAAAUAUAUUUACCACACAUUUUUGUGAAUUUAGACUUAUAAGCUUUGCCUUGCUAUUGUGUUCUUACACACACAUACAUACAUAUACUUAAACAACUAAAUUUUAGUUGUUAAAACGCAUUCAAUGUACUUUCUUUGCUUUUUUUGUUGUGUAUAAGUAUCCAGCUUUUACAUAUCUUUUUGUAAAUAUAUACGUAGUAUAAAACUAACAAUUCUUCAAUUCUUAUUUGUUCUCUUCCUGCUCUUCCGCUGACUUAACUACUAUCUUCUACUUAACUUCUAUAUAUAUAAAUGUAUUUUAUUUCUUAUUCUAGGUUAAUGAUUGAGGCAAGACAGCAUAAAAAUAUAAAAAUAAAAAUAAACAAAUUUUGUUUUGCUAGUUUACGCAAGUAAUAAUUAAAACAAGCCUUGAAGCAAAUUAAUAAAAAAAAAUGUUUUAAUAAAAUUUUGUGAAGUUAGUUAAAUAUUUUGUGAAAUAUAUGUAUGUUAUAUAAUAGCAGCUAAUAAAUACAUGCAUACAAUAAAAAUGUUGAAAACAUUACGUGCUCGACAACUUAGUAAUAUUAUUAUUAUUGCUAUUGUUUGUGCGCUCGAUGUAAACGCUGAUUUAUUUAAAGUUUAUGCAUAAUAACGCUAUUAAAUAAAGUGAAUAUUGUAAUAAAAAAGUGAUUAAUGAAAGAUAUUAAAAGUUAUAACUGUAUACAGGCAGACAAAUAUACACUUAUUUGUAUGCAGCACAUAAACAGAACACAACAUGUACAUUCAUAAGUACAUAUAAUGUACAUAUUUGAAAAACAAAUAAAUAUAUGUAUUUGAAUAUAUCGACUAUAGUUAAUUAUGUAUACCAACGCCACAAUUACGAAUGAUCAAUUAAAAACGACUUCACUAUUGUACACAUAUACCUACACAUAUGUACAUGCAUAUAUGGAUUAAAAAUGAAAACAAUAAAAAUAUUAAUAAAAAGAAA